GACUGGUCACUGUCGAGCGCUUCUUGUCCGACUCCCGGCACUACCCAAAGACGCUAACCCACCGCGACUUUUUCGGCCUCGUGGGUCGGUCCCUUGAACUCCGCUGCUUCUUAGCCGACAGUGAGGUUUCAAGUAGAUGGAAUAAGGUCGCCGCUGCCAGGCCAUCUUGAUCCCAUCGGUUCCCGGCUACGUUUCGCCCAACGGAGCCUUGAAUCCGCUUCUCAUCCUAUGGGCCCAAAUCGGUUGGCCACGAUGCCCUCGAUGCCCUCGAUGCCCUCGAAUAUUCAUUCAGGGCUCAGCUCCCGGGCGCGAAUAGACGAACGGCCAUCCGCUACUCUGCUUUGGCUUUCGUCCUCUCUUUCGACCUGGUUCGACUUCGCAUCUUCCCUUGUGGCGCCGAUGUUGACUGGGGUCGCGGCUACUACUACCUAUUUAGUCAUAUUCCUCUGUGACUACAAUGGGCACUGGCACUGUUCGCUAUUAAAGACACAGGAGGCCGCUGUUCACCUUUCAGUCACCAUCUACUGUCACCACCUACUCAUAUUCUCACCUCGACAGGGCCCCUCGGAGUCUUCUGACGCCGCUGAACAAUGUCAUUCACGCCCAACACGUAGUUCCUUUGUAUUCAUUCUUUUUCUUUUACUAUUGUUCAUUUACAACAUUCACCAUCUUUCUUUAUACCAACCUAGUCCGGACUGGUUCCUGACUGUUUGUUAUCUAUUCUUAUUCACCUCCCAGCACUAGUGGAUUAUCUUUCUUUCUGUCUCUCGUCUCCUCUAGAUUCCUCAGCUUCAUUCACUCUCAACAAUUUUUUUAUUCUACUUGUCUCCAGAUACCCCUCGAGCAAUCAAGACCUACAACCAGCUUA